AUGGCUUCAUGUUGGGAUGACCAUGGCUACUUUGCUCCUAGACCUUUAGCAUCUAUGGUGACUAUUCAUACUAAAACCGAACCACAUCCGUAUAAUAUUGUGAUUACCGGUGAUUUUUUCAUUGGUAUGCAGAAUAGUCCAGGUUUGAAAUUCAUCGAUUGGAUAUUAUCAAAACAUAUCCCUAUAUCUAGUUAUGAUGGUGAGGUACAUUUCGCCGGUGAAGCUUGGAUGGAACAUCAGGAAGAUGGUUUAGUUCUUCAUUUAUCAAACAACUCUGACACUUAUCAACCUACUGAUGAACAACUUGCAACUACGGGAAAAUAUGUUCCUGCUGCAUUACCUGGUUUAAAAGUUAAGCUCCAUUCAAAUACAAUCUCGUUUACACAUACUUUGAAGCCGGUUCACGAUGAAAUAAACUUUUUUAUAGUCAAACAUAUGCCGAUAUUUAUGCUAGCAUAUAUGCUUGGAUUAUAUUUCCUUAUAUUUAACAAACCGAAAUCUGUACUGUGUAGAACAUAG